UGCUCUUGUCAAAUAAUGAUUAGCCUGUUGCUUUGUUUUUAUUUUCGACUUGAUUGAUUUGAUGAUUGAAAUAUGUAUCUAAUUAAAUGUCAUUUUUGUGAAGAUGAUGAUUGUUUUGAUGAACAAAUUGCUUUAAAUCGAGAACAUUUUUGUAUUAGUAAAGUGGGCAAGUGUUUUACAUCGGUCGAUCUUCAUGAUGAAUUUACCAAUUAUAAACGUGGUUGUGUUCAAGAUGAUCUUUCCUGUUUACCACGACCACAAACGGAUGAUAAAAAUCGUCUUCAUCAUAUUAGCAAUGAUAUUGAUGCUUAUAUAAAAUGUUGUUCACAACAAUACUGUAAUGAUGAUAAAUUUGAAAUCGAUAAUGAUAGUUAUAAUGAAUUCGAAACAAAUGAAUCAUUACAUUUUUCAACAUUUAUAAUUAUCAUUAUGACCAUUUUAUCUAUCGGUUUUAUGGCAUUUUUAACAUUUUGUUACAUUCGAACAAGACGACGUAAAAAAUCGAUAUCGAAUGGAAAUGAUGAUCUGGAUUUGAUGGAAAAAAUGCAUCUUAAUAAUGAUAAUCAUCGUCAACAACAAACAUUAAAUUCACAAUAUCGAUCACCUGAAUUGAAAAUAUCAUUACCAGGUGAUAGUACAUUAAGAGCUGUUGAACAAUCAUGUUCAUCUGGAUCUGGUUGGGGUCAAUCAGUUCUCACACAACGUACUGUUGCCAAACAAAUAACAUUAAUUCAAUGUGUUGGUAAAGGUCGAUAUGGUGAAGUAUGGAAAGGUCUUUUCCAUUAUGAAGCUGUUGCUGUUAAAAAAUUUCUAUCACGUGAUGAAGCAUCAUUUAAUCGUGAAAUUGAAAUCUAUACACUUUCAAAUCUAAAUAAACAUGAAAAUAUUCUUGCAUUUAUUUGUGCGGAUGUUACAUCGGAAAAUUCCUGUACACGUUUAUGGCUUGUCACUGCUUAUCAUGAACUUGGUUCAUUAUUUGAUUUUCUUAGCCAAAAUUUUCUUACAUUGACCGAUAUGCUUUCUAUAAUGACAUCGAUUGCAUCUGGUCUUACAUAUUUACAUACGGAAAAUUUUGGUACCCAAAAAAAAGUUGCCAUCGCCCAUCGAGAUAUUAAAUCAAAAAAUAUAUUGAUGAAAACACGAUCGGUUUGUUGUAUUGCUGAUUUUGGUUUAGCUGUUACGAAACAAAAAACCGGUCUAUUAGAUGUUGGUCGUAAUAAUUAUCGUGUUGGUACAAAACGUUAUAUGGCACCCGAAGUAUUGGAUGAUUCAUUUGGUAAAGAUGAUUUUGCUGCCUAUACACGUGCCGAUAUCUAUUCAUUUUCCUUAGUAUUAUGGGAAAUUUUACGCCGUUCUGAUCAACCACCAUUAUCAAAUUAUGAGGUACCAUAUCAAUAUCAAGUACCUUCAGAUCCAAGUUUUGAUGAUAUGCGUAAAAUUGUUUGUGUCGAACAAUUUCGACCAGAAAUUCCAUUGCAUUUAGAAAUGAAUGCUGAGAUGCCAUCAUUACAAUCAAUAUGUAAAAUUAUACGAGAAUCGUGGUUAAAGAAUCCAUCAUCACGAUUGAACGCAUUACGUAUCAAAAAAUCUUUGAUUAAUCUUAUGUCUACAAAAAUGACCAACAACGUUAAUGAUAAUAAUAGUGAAAACAGUAUCAAUCAAUAAGUGAUCGUAACGAACAAAUCU